ACCUUAAAAUUUGCAAUAUAUAUUUUGAGUUUGAGGUGUUGUUAUCAACAAAAGUGUGUUCUACCAUCCCCUAUAAGUAUCAAAUAAGCUAGUCUCCCCCCUCUCACUCUCUCUCUCUCUCUCUCUCUCUCAUACACGCUCACAACCCACAUGUUCUACUUGAUUCUUAACUUGUCUCCCCUUCGCACUCCUCAAAAUUUCUAACAAGCAAGCAUCCCCACCCAACCAUUUUCUACUUGUAUAAACUCCUACACAUACAACUCUGGUAUCACUUGAAAAUUGAGAGAGAGAGAGAGAGAGGUUGCAAUGGGGGGUUCUAGCCCAGCACACUACACUCCUCUCUCAAAACCAACACCCACCGCCGUCUCCUUCUUCAAGAAAUCCAAACUCUAUCCACUCGCUAUCGUCACCAUCCUCUGCUCCCUCUCCUACCUCUUUGGCGCCUGGCACCACGCCGGCGCCACCACCGACCCCUCCCUCGGCACCACCAUCAAUUGCUUCACCACCUCCCGAAACACCACCAACGCCCCCACCACCACCAACGCGCAACAACAACAACAACUAGACUUCGCCACCCACCACACGGCCCAAGACGACAUCGCCGCCACCGCCGCCAUCAAAGAAUUCCCGCCAUGCGACGUCAAAUACAGCGAGUACACCCCCUGUGAGGAUCAGGAGAGAUCGCUCAAAUUCGAGCGGGACAGACUGAUCUAUCGCGAGCGCCACUGCCCGGAGAAGAAGGAGCUGCUCAAGUGCCGCAUCCCGCCGCCGCACGGCUACCAGAAUCCCUUCAAGUGGCCGCUCAGCCGCGACCUCGCCUGGUACGCCAACGUGCCGCACAAGGAGCUCACUGUCGAGAAGGCCGUCCAGAACUGGAUCCGCUUCGAGGGCGACCGCUUCAGGUUCCCCGGCGGCGGCACCAUGUUCCCCAACGGCGCCGACGCUUACAUCGACGACAUCGGAAAGCUCAUCAAUCUGAAAGAUGGCUCCAUUAGAACUGCCAUCGAUACUGGCUGCGGGGUUGCAAGCUGGGGAGCUUAUCUUCUGUCACGGAAUGUGCUAACGAUGUCGUUUGCACCUAGAGAUACACAUGAAGCACAGGUGCAGUUUGCUCUGGAGCGAGGGGUUCCUGCUCUGAUUGGUGUCAUUGCCUCCAAGAGGCUCCCUUACCCUUCACGAGCCUUCGACAUGGCUCAUUGCUCGCGCUGCCUCAUCCCGUGGGGCCAAUAUGAUGGUGCUUACUUGAUGGAAGUGGACCGUGUGUUGAGGCCGGGUGGAUACUGGAUCCUCUCCGGCCCACCAAUCAACUGGAAGAAACACUGGAGAGGGUGGGAGAGGACAAUGGAUGAUCUCAACGCAGAGCAGCUGCAGAUCGAGAACGUUACAAAGAGUUUAUGCUGGAAAAAGUUGGUGGAGAGAAACGAUAUCUCGAUUUGGCAAAAGCCUCUCAAUCAUUUGAGCUGCAACAAGUUGAAGAAGAGCUCUUCCUUUUGUCCUGCACAUGAUCCUGACAAAGCCUGGUACACGAGCUUAGAGACGUGUUUGACCCCCCUGCCUGAGGUUUUCGAUGCAGGGGAGGUAGCCGGAGGCGAGGUGGAGAAGUGGCCGCGUAGAUUGAGAAGUGUGCCUCCGAGGAUUAGUAGGGGGAGUGUUGAUGGAGUUACACCUGAGAUUUUCCAAAAGGAUUCACAGUUGUGGCAUAAGAGAGUUGCCUAUUACAAGAACAUCAACAACCAGCUUGGGCAGGCUGGGAGAUACCGUAACAUCCUUGACAUGAACGCCUUCUUGGGUGGAUUCGCUGCUGCUUUGGUUCAAGAUCCUCUUUGGGUGAUGAACAUAGUCCCCGUCGAGGCUAAGGCCAACACGCUAGGCGCCAUCUACGAGCGAGGCCUGGUUGGGACUUACCAGAGCUGGUGUGAGGCCAUGUCAACUUAUCCCAGAACAUACGAUCUCAUUCAUGCUGAUUCCGUUUUCACGCUCUACAAGGAUAGGUGCGAAAUGGAAGAUAUCAUGUUGGAAAUGGAUCGAAUUUUGAGACCGGAAGGAGGUUUGAUCAUUCGAGACGAUGUAGAUGUGUUGUUGAAGGUGAAAAGGAUUGCAGACGCAUUGAAUUGGGAUAGUCGGAUUGUGGAUCAUGAAGACGGGCCAUUAGAGAGAGAGAAACUUUUGUUUGCAGUGAAGUUGUAUUGGACAGCGCCAGCUUCUGCAGAUGAAAUUUGAUUUACAUAUUUGUUUUCUUUAUUUCUUCUUUGUCUUUUGUUUACAACAAAAAAAUUGUUAAUGUUUUUGCUUGCUCUCUAAUCGAUUUCAACUGCCUAUAUUAA